CCCGUAGCCUCCCAUUUACACCUCCAUAUCCUCCCCUUUGCACCCCGUAUCCUUCCUCUUACACCCCCAUAUCUUCCCCUUUUGCACCCCUAUAUCCUCCCCUUUGCACCCCUAUAUCCUUCCCUUUACAACUCCAUAUCUUCCCUCUUGCACUCCUAUAUCCUCCCUCUCGCAGUCUUAUAUCUUCCCUCUUGCACCCCCAUAUCCUCUCCUUUGCACCUCUGUAACCUCACUCUUGCACCCCCAAUCCUCUCUCCCCCUGCCCAAGCCAUCUCUGCUUGCCCCCUCCUCCCCCAUUGCCCAGCCCGCCUCCUGCCUGAGGGUUUGGGGGCCCGUUGGAGGCACCGUUGCCGCCCCCCUGUGGAUGCCGCCACCCCUCCGCCCGCCACCAUGGGCAAAGUGCUGUCCAAGAUCUUCGGCAACAAGGAGAUGCGGAUCCUGAUGCUGGGCCUGGACGCGGCGGGAAAGACCACCAUCCUGUACAAGCUGAAGCUGGGCCAGGCGGUUACCACCAUCCCCACGGUGGGCUUCAACGUGGAGACGGUGACCUACAAGAACGUCAAGUUCAACGUGUGGGACGUGGGGGGCCAGGACAAGAUCCGGCCGCUCUGGCGGCACUACUACACCGGCACGCAGGGCCUGAUCUUCGUGGUAGACUGCGCCGACCGGGACCGCAUUGACGAGGCCCGCCAGGAGCUGCACCGCAUCAUCAAUGACCGGGAGAUGCGGGACGCCAUCAUCCUCAUCUUCGCCAACAAGCAGGACCUCCCCGACGCCAUGAAGCCCCACGAGAUCCAGGAGAAGCUGGGCCUGACCCGGAUCAGGGACAGGAAUUGGUACGUCCAGCCCUCCUGCGCCACUUCGGGCGACGGACUCUACGAGGGGCUGACGUGGUUGACAUCUAACUAUAAGUCCUAAUGGCGACUUUUCCGCCAGGGACGGACAGGACUACGGUUGGUCUCCAAGAGAGUUUAGAGGGGCAGAGGAACACUGUGGCUUCCCGAAAUACAAACAACAAUGAAUGAUUCUCCGUACUUAAACCGUUCAGAAAUUCAGCAUUUGUAGGAUUUUAACGAGCGCUCACUUCGCCUCCCGUUUACCGCCCCUUUUCUCUUGUGCAAAACUUCAGUACAGUUCUUGCUUGGUGUUACGAUGCUCUCAUCUUCUGCUGUGAAUGAACACAAAUACUAGUUUCUACGCCAGACUUCCAGCGACGUGGGAUGGGGGAGGGGGCGGGGAGACAUAUGUUGUAGCUCUGCGAAGUAACUUUUCUCCUGUUUUACAAGCCCUUGUUAUGAAGGGUUGGCUUGUUUGAGUCCUGGGGCUAUCACUUUUUAAAAUGUAUGGUUUCUGGGUCUGUUUUGUUUUGUUUUUUCAACCCCUUCCUCUCCAUUAUCAUUUGCUGUAGAUUCGCUUCUUUUUGCAACCCUGGAGAAUAUGUUGAUAGGUCUCUUGUUAUCUAGUAAACUGAAAACUGUUGCUUAUGAACAAACUGCAGUCUGUCCUCUUUAUGGCAAAAGUUUACAACUUAAGAAGGGAACUUGGAGCUCCUUUAUCUGGCCUUUGAUGGAUCAGGAAGGCAGCGUUUGUUUGAAAUAAAGGUAUGGCUGCUUCCUAGACUUGAUGUUGGCCAGGUAAUGUGAGAACAACUUCCGAACAUUAGCCGUAGGAGUUAGAAGCCCAUUCCCAUGCAUGAUCAAGGAUGCAAAUGAGUAAUCAUGUGCAACUUAAAACGGGGCUGAUCUCAAAGCACAGUCCCCUAGACUUGCAACGUAAAGUUGAUUUUUUAGCUGCACUAUCUGUAAUUGCAUCCAUUUCCAGUUUAAGCGCGAAUAGACUUUCAUUCCAUGAAGUGCAGCAAUAAUUUGCAGGCAUCACUGUGUGACAAGCGUAGCUCUUAAAGUCAUAGGCCUCUUGUCCCAACUUGAAUGUGAAUAUUUUGUUUUUCCCCUGUCGUAACAAUCGGGACAAGAUAACAGAAUUGCCAUUGGUUUUUAAAAAGCUUCUCAAAUCUGUAAGUGAAAUAUUGGUAGAUUUUUGUUUUACUAACUUAAGGGGAUGGAGGGAGCUUGCAUCUGCUUCUGUAUCAUCAUGACUCAAAUAAGUUAUUCUUAGAAUUUAUUAAGAUGCAUCAGAAGGAAGGAAGUGACAACUCGGUUUUGCAGGUGCUGCUGGCCUGGAUGAAGCAGCCAACUAUUUUUGGACAUUGAGGCCCUCUGCCUCCUGCAAAACCACACUGAAACCCUGAAGGGAAAUGACAGAGGAGCUCCAGCCUUCUGUUUUGAUAGUAUCUUUAUUUAAUAAUAAUCAACGGGAUGCCUAAAAUUCAUUAAGCCCUUUAGACAGGUAGCUAAAGAGUGGGGAGGCGAGUUAGCAAACGACAAUGAAUGUAAACUUCGACAUUCUGUGCUUCAAGGGCAAGCGGGGAUCUCAUUUUGCCAUAUCAUAGCUUUCAAACAUCUGACUAGUUGUAAGGGGUGGGUGGGGGGGUGCGAUUGUGUGACUUCAGGUUAGCAUAAAAUGGUUUCAAUCAAGUAUUAUUAAAACUGGGUGCAAAAAUGUAGAGCAGCUGGUUCUUAUUCAGCCUUAAGGAUUAAUUUUGGAUUUCCUCGAGGAGUAAGACUCCUUUGAGGAAUUUUAGGAAUGUAUUGCUACAAAUCCAGAAGAAAAUUGCAUUUCUUUUUUUUCCUUUCCUGAAGGGUAUAUACGUUUAAAAAAAUAAAAUUGGGGGCGUUACGCUACACCCCUUCAGGGUUGAUUUUGCUGUUCAAAUUGUGGGUUCUCAAGCUUGUACCAAAGAUGUUUGAGGGCAAUUAAGUAAUGACAAAUUAAUUUCCUUAAAAGUGCUUAGCAUCACUAACCAGAAAAUCAGUUAGGCUCUGAUUCUGAAUAAGCAUGUUGUGUCUUUGCUUGAUUAUUUUUUUAUUUUUUUUUAAAAAAUAGAAUCCCAAAUUGAACAGGGAUGUUAACUUUAAUCAGUUUUUAGAGUCAGAGCCACAGUACUAAGAAAGACAGCAGUGGUUCAAUAAACAAUUUUGCUAAAGUACAAUAACUUUGAGAGGAAUGCAUUACUUACGUUCUAGUUGUUCUAAAUAUAGCUAAGAAUCUUGGUUUCUGGUGACGGCGGCAUCAUUGUUAAGCAUAAUAAUACAAAAGAAGUCCAUAAACAAUUAACUAUCUUCUUCUGGAAUAACUAAAGCCAAGCACAAAAUAGUUGCCUAAACUGGAAAACUUGAAGAUCUGUUACUGGUUCUCAAACUUUCAUGUGAACUUUAUUAAUUGCGGUAAAAACAUGGUGGGGUUUUGCCUUCGGUGUAGAGUUCAUUGUGUUUCUUUUCCCCUCUAACCGAGGCUGAAUCAAAUCUUCAUAUGCAUUAAGUUGGAUACAUGCCUUUUGUAUGUUCUUUGAUUUUACUCUUCAAGUAUGCUGGCUUUGUCAGUUAAAAGGAUAAAUGCAAUUCUGUCUGUUCUCCCCCUUUCGACCUUCAGUUUUGGGUGGAAACCACAAAGGUGAAUGAAAUCUGUAGCAAAUGCAUCCGGUAACAUUUGCAGCAGAACAAAAAAUUCUGUUUCUUUAAGUGGCCUCUUUUAAGGAAACCAGGUUUUUGUCUUCUCUCUGGCUCCAGGGAGCCGUAAAAACAAUGGCUUUAGGCCUUUUCUUUUUCAAACAGCUUGCAGGAUCUAAAUGCAAUCUGUUUGAAUUCCACUUCUUUAAAGAAAAAGAAAAGAUCAGUACAUCCGACUUAUAUGUUCACGUGACUCUAUAAAGUGCAACUGAAUACGUUUUUGAAUGGCGUUGAAAUUUGUCUGAUAAGUGAAUGAGUCUGUAGACUGUGAUCUCCCUAAAUAAAGUAAACAGGAAUUUUUGUGUCGCAUUAUGGUUGUAGUGUUGGUAAAAGAACUAAUAAUAAUAAGCAGAAAAUAAAACAAAUAUACAGCA